AUGGCCGACGCCGUCGAACCUCAGACCGAGGCCUACCUCAACGAAAAGGGAACUCACGAAACUGUCAUCAACGACGCAUGGACUCCCGACCAGCUGCCCAAAGGAUGGAUGUAUAGGCGUCGCGGCAGAAUCCCAUGGUACGCCUCGCCCGCCGUCCAGCUCGGUCUGGUCGCCUUUGUUUGUUUCUUGUGUCCUGGUAUGUUCAACUCUUUGGGUGGUCUUGGUGGAGGUGGUAAGACCGACGCUACCUUGGCCGACAACAUGAACAUUGCUCUCUACUCGACCUUCGCCGUGGUAGGUUUCUUGGCUGGUACCAUUGUCAACCGUCUCGGCGUUCGCUACUCCAUCGGUUUUGGUGGUCUCGGUUACUCCAUCUACGCUGGAUCCCUUCUUGCCUCCGUCCACGAAGAUGUCCCCGGCUUCAACAUCUUCGCCGGUGCUUUCCUCGGUGUUUGCGCCGGUGUCCUGUGGGCCGCCCAGGGUGUCAUCAUGGUGUCUUACCCAACUGAAGCUCAAAAGGGUCGCUAUUGGGGUUGGUUCUGGGCUAUCUUCAACAUCGGUGGCUGUAUCGGUAGUUUGAUCCCCCUCGGUCAGAACAUCAACGUCAAGGUGGCCGCCACUGUCAACGACGGUACCUACAUUGCUUUCAUCGUCUUGAUGGUUGCUGGUGCUUUUUUGGCGCUCUUCCUCGUCGACGCCGACAAGAUUAUUCGAUCCGACGGUACUAAAGUUAUUCUCAUGAAGAACCCCAGCUGGUGGUCUGAACUCAAGGGUCUGUACACCUGCAUCCUCGCCGAGCCAUACAUCAUCCUGUUGUUCCCCAUGAUGUGGUCCUCCAACUGGUUCUACGCCUACCAGGAGAACGCUAUUAAUGCCGCUUACUUUGACACUCGUACUCGUGCCUUGAUGGGUUUCUUGUAUUGGUUCGCUCAGAUCUGCGCCGCUUCCGUUGUUGGACCUCUCCUCGACAACUCCAGGAUUCGUCGUACCAUCCGUGCCCGUAUCAUGUUUGUCAUCCUCAUCGUUUUGACUGUGGUCGUCUACGGUGGUGGUUGGGCCUUCCAGAAGAACUAUGACCGUGCCGAUGUCGUCCCUGAAAAUGCCUCCUUCGAAGCUUGGGAUUGGACUCAUCCUGGCUUUGCCGGCCCUAUGUUUUUGUACUUUUUCUACGGUGCUUACGAUGCUGUCUGGCAGGGUUGCAUGUACUGGAUCAUGGGCGCUCUCUCCAACUCCGGUCGUCGUACCGCCAACUACAUCGGUUUCUACAAGGGCCUUCAAUCCGCCGGUGCUGCUGUCAUGUGGUCUCUCGACAGGGACAAGCUUUCAUUCAAGAAAGAGUGGGGUACAAACUUGGGCUUGCUUCUUGGAUCUCUCCUCAUCGCCGCCCCCUUGAUUUUUGUUCGCAUCAAGGACCACAUCGAGCUAGAAGACGAUUUGGCCGAUGUCGAUGAGACCAUUGAGGAUGUUGUCCCUACCGUGCCUGUUGAGAAGACUCAGAAUGCUUAA